CAUACUCCACUCCUGUCAAUUUCAUAUCAUCCAUCGGCGUGGCGAAUCUUACUGACAUUUUACCAACACCAACCAGUCUGAACCCCUUUCCUACGUACGUACGUAGCACAUAGUAAAUGCAAAGGGACACAUAUCCGUCCAUACCCACGAAGCAAUAUAGAGCGAGCAGAGAGUUAAAGGAAGACGACUUACUCAAAGAAGCUUUCUUUGCUUUGUUUGGAUUUUGGAGAGGAUUGGCUUUGGGUGGAUAUUUAGACGUAUUUAGACGUCAAACAUCAAAUCGCUGGUGGUCAGAGGACAGGCAGGCAGGGCAGGACACGGACACCAACCACCAUCCCCACAAUCUCGCUCUCUCCCUUCUUCUCUGAGGUGACCAUAUCAUAUGAUACGACGACACGCAAGAAGGUUUGUAUAUCACCUGCUGCUGCCUACCUAUCGCCCAAUAUUGGUUGGUCACAUUGGGUGAAUCUUCUUCUUCUCCCCGUAUUGGGAAGAAAGUCACUCAAGAAAAGUUAAGAACCCUUCAAAAAGAUCACAUCUUACUCAGACCCACUUCAGUUCGAGUUUGCACUUACGACGACUCCUGCUCCUCAGAGCGAGAGGAAAGGUGACAAGUUGAGACGACUCUCAAUUUACAUAAGUACACAGACACAAAUUCUCAGUUUUUUACCUGAUCUCAUUUUUUUCAACAAGAUACAAAAAAAGAAUUGCAAGUGCAAAAAGAAAAACAAAGAAAAAUUAGCAAAGUGACAAAUGUUGAACAGAUUCAUUAAGAAGAAUUUCCCUUUGUGCGAGUGAGUAAGUGAUAUACGCUUUGAAUGCGAGUGAAGAUAGAUUGACAUGACACCUCACUUUAUCACUAUUAUUCCAUCCACUACCACCACCACGAUCAUCGACAUAGGAAACUGCAGCCACCGUAAAAGACCAUGUGCAUGAAAAAGUAAGCGAUUUAUAAAAUAAAUUAACUCACCAGCAACAUCCAUAACCCAACCGCGUGUAUCGUAUCCAAAUAAGAACUCCAUUGUUGGGAAAAAAGGGCCAACAACAAAUCCAACCCAACUGUCAAUCAUCCCGCAUUGUUGGGAGGACGACCGGCUUUUCUCCUUUUAAAACCCACUCGUUGCACACACACAUGAGCAUUUUUUAUCAAACUUGAAUACGGUCAACGGAAGAAGAAGUCGUCGUAGGUUAUCACCCUGCCCCAAGUCCUCCUCCUCCUCCGUGACAAGUACUGUAUUAUGCACAUAGACUAUUUAAAAAGGGUGGAAAAGAUGCUGGCUCUCCCUGUAGAACGGUUAGUUGGCAAUUCUUCUUCUUCUUGUAACAACAGUCUCUCUACGACGACGGCGUCCUCCUCGAGACGAAUGUCACUUUCCCCCGACUCGUCCAACUCGCAAGGCUCAAUCUCCAGCACUGUGAGUGAGACGGGUGGUGAAAGUGGAAAAUGCUACUGUCCCAAAAUAAUCUCACCACCUCCCGCAGAAUCCUCACGUCACAUGAAUAAAAAUAAAAAUAAUAAUAAUGAAGACGAUCAAGUCCGCAUAAAGGUCGAGUCCCCUGAAGACGACUUGGGUCGACCCUGUCACAAUAAUAGGUUUCCAAUUAACAAUAGGAAAUCCGGGGAGGAUAAGGAUGUAAAUCACUCGCAUAAUCAUAGCCGUACUGCAUUCAUGCCAAUAAGGCCAUCUGCUCAGAACAGUGAUAAUAAUGGUCAUCAGAGUCACAAAAGGAGUAAGGACCACCGGCACGAUGAAUUAACCGAUGAUGACGACGAUAAUGACAAUAGCGAUGAUGAUGAAGGGGGGGACAUUGAUGUUGAUGGGGAUGACGACAACAAAUCGAAUCAUAAUAAAAUCAGCCCUGCCACCACCACCACCACGACCACGAAUACGGCAACGAUGUGUGGUGGCUCAUCGUUCUCAUCAUCAGGAACCAAUUCCUCACCCUGUUUCAACUUCAGACCCUUCGCAGUCUCAAACUUUGGGCUUAAUCUGUCCAGCAAUGUGAAGAAUGGAAAAAGUGAGACGGCAGCAGCAUCGCUUAAAUUCUCGAUUGAAGACAUACUUCGACCCGACUUUGGUCUCACCAAGUUUCAACUCUUGGCCCAACAUCAUCACCAGCAGCAGCAGCAAAUAAAAAGGGCGAGGAUUGGACCCCUGCUGCCAAGUCCGGGGAGCAGUGGGGGUGGUGGAAGCAGCGUCAGUGGGCGAGUGGCGAAGGGGGGCUCGUCCUCCGUGUCGUCGACGGAAGGACAUCGCCCCUACAAACCUGGUCCGGGAAGUGUCAUUUAUCACUCUGAGGACUCGAAUGGGUCCUGCAGCAGCAGUCGGAGAGAACCCGAAGUUGUGGACGAUACAAAGGUCAACCCACCCGUUCCUGAAGGUCCAUUAUUGUGGCCGGCCUGGGUCUACUGCACGAGAUACUCUGAUAGACCUUCUUCAGGUCCCAGAUCUCGCCGCAUACGGAAAUCUCCACGUGAAAUCCCGGAAGAAAAGCGGCCGAGGACAGCUUUCACUGGAGAACAGUUGUCCAAAUUGAAGAAAGAAUUUGACGAAAAUCGCUACCUUACGGAAAAAAGGAGGCAAGAUCUCGCUCGCGACUUGAAGCUGCAUGAAAACCAGAUCAAAAUUUGGUUUCAGAAUAAGCGUGCAAAGCUGAAAAAGUCCACAGGUACCAAGAAUGGUUUAGCCAUGCAACUAAUGGCCCAAGGACUGUACAACCACUCCACCGUUCCUGUUGACGAAGAUGACGAAAUGAUGAUGGAAAUGAUGUAAUUUAUUAUGUACAUACAGCCGUAGUAGUAAAAAAAGAGUAGUAGUGUCCCUACCCUAAAAUAGCCCUCGUCUCGAGUAGUACAGAAGACAGUAUAAAACGCAGCCAACCUCCUCUCAGUCAUACUAAAUACAUAUUUAUAAUCAUUAUUGUUCACUCGUGUGCAAAUUUAUUUUUUACUUUUCAACAUUUUACUUAUUCGUCGAUAAGAAGAAGGUCGUCUCGUGAUGAAGAAGAAGAAUAAGCUCUCAGAAAUCAAUCAAUAAUGCCAAAAAUCGAGUACCGUUGUUGUCCGUUUGUGUUGCAUGCUACAAAUAAAUGUUUAAAUACUUAUGAAAAAAUACAGAAAUAGUUUGGAUAAGAUCA